GUCGGUGCCAGAGGUGGCGGAGCGAGAGGAGGAGCCGGGCCCGGUUCCUGCCCCUGGCCGGGGGCCGCGGCGGGAGAGCGGGGCAUGGCCGGGCGCUGCCGCUGCUCCGCUCUGCCCGCUCCUAGGCAGGGGCUCAUGGAGGAGGCCCGGCGCCGCCUGAGGGAGUUCGAUGUCGGGGACAAGUUCUCCCGCUUGCCGCUGCCCAGAGCCGCCGUGCUGCUGCCGCUCACGGAGCGGGAGGGCCGGCUGCACCUGCUGCUCACCGUCCGCUCCAUGCAGCUGAGAAGAUCACCAGGGGAAGUGUGUUUUCCAGGAGGUAAAAGAGAAGCCACUGAUAAAGAUGAUAUUGACACUGCUCUCCGAGAAGCUGAAGAAGAAGUGGGUCUUCAGCCAGAGAAGGUGGAAGUCAUCUGUAGGCUGAUGCCUGGAAUUGAUAAAAUGAAUAACUUGGUGACACCAGUUGUAGGAUUUAUAGAGGAUACAUUCCAGGUCACUCCUAAUCCAGAUGAAGUGAGCGAGGUUUUUCUUAUGCCUUUGGAGUACUUUAUCAAGCCCUUGAAUUACAAGACCUUCCCUUAUAAAACCUCCUCAGGCUACUCAACUCAGGUACACUGCUUUAUAUACGAUGACCAGGAACAUAAAAGGUCGUUCAAGAUAUGGGGACUGACUGCACACUUUGCUGUAUUUCUUGCUCUUGUAAUUUUUGGAGAGAGACCUACCUUUGAAGUGGAUUAUGAUCUUGACAACUUAAUCUCAUCCUCUGAGAAUAAUUUCAUUAAUUUGUAUGCAGCUAUACAUGAAAAAAAGAAAAGUAAGCUGUGACAACUUGGUCUGGAAAUUAACUUAUUUUGAAAGAGGAAAAAGGAGGUUUGUUCAUUUCCUUUGUACCCGUUUUUUGAAAGCUACUCUUGAAUUUUUUUCUAAUUGGAAAUUUUCAAGUUGACAAUCCCUAAUUAGAUUAAUACAAUUUUUAAUCUCUUUUAAGAGUGCAAGAAGCAUGCAGUAUUUUUUGUGAAUCAGACUUUUUAAAAGGUCUGUUUCAGCUCCUUCUCAGCUUCAGCCUUUGUUCUGUGUGAUGGUAGACGCUUUCUGUGUUUUGCCUUAGCUAUAAUGAGAUAAUACUGUUUGAUGUAACUUGUGUCUAUUUGAGUUAACCUAUGAAAACUUCUGGAGAUCUGUCUGUCUCUUACAUGUCCCAUACAUGGACAACGUGAUCAAUACAGUCUUGUGUGGUAUCUUUAAGCACUUACAGAACGCACAAUAAAAAUACAAAAGCUUUCAGAUGCUU